GUGUUUCUUUGACUUCCGCAUCAAAUCGGCAGUUUUAUGAAAAACUGUUAUGCAGUGGAAAAAUUCAAAUAUUUCCGCUGAAAAUUUUAUUUUUUAAUAUCCAUUUCUCUUAUGAAAAUCAUACUCAAAAUAUAUUUUUAUUGUUUAUACUACAACAGCGCCGCAUACUUCCUUCUUGCUUGGCUGCUUUUGAGGUGUAGUGUCCUCGCAAGGGCUAAGGUCAUUUUUGACGACCUACACCGAAAUAAAACGCAAUAAUCAUGUCGACUAAGGACGAGGCUUCAUGCGUCUACGCUUCCCUGAUCCUGGCCGACGAUGACAUCGCUGUCACGUCUGAGAAGAUCCAGACUCUGCUGAAGGCGGCCGGCGUCACCGUGGAGCCCUACUGGCCGGGCCUGUUCGCCAAGGCUCUGGAGUCGGCCGACAUCAAGUCGCUGCUGAGCAACGUGGGCUCGUCUGUGGGCGCCGCGCCGGCGGCCGCCGCCGCUCCUGCCGCCGCCGCCGCCGAGCCGGCCAAGGAGGAGAAGAAGAAGGAGGAGGAGCCCGAGGAGUCGGACGACGACAUGGGCUUCGGUCUCUUCGACUAAGCGGCCACUACCAUCUUCAUCAUUGUUUUAAUACACAAAACCAAUGACGAAGAA